AUUACAAGUCUAGCCCAGGCCAGGGGACCACCUCGGAGCCUCGUUCGGGCGGUGCAAUUACUGCCCGGUGAGAGACUGGGGUGGUGGUCGUCCCAGCGAUACGACAAGAGGAAGCGAAUGAGAGCUUUGGUCAAUGGCGCCGUGGACGACGCGCGAACGAGGCUACUCCUUGAUACUGGAGCGAAUGUUAGCGUGAUUUCUGCCAGCUUCGCCAAGCGGCUACGUGUACAGGAAGUCCGGGACAACGGACAAAGUCUCGAAGUCCGCGGCAUCAACCCAGAGGUGAUGGAGACCUGGCGACGGACGCUCGUCAAGAUCACCCUCGGGUGGGAGCAGGCUUACGAGUUCGAAAUGUGGAUAAUAGACCACAGUGCCGGAGUGGAUGUGGUCCUUGGGAUGGACUUUAUGAUCCCGGCUGGAAUCCGGCUCGAUCUGUUCCAUGGCACCGCACGCCUUCCAGACGACGUCAUGGUACCACUGCUGAAGUCGCAGAGUGUUGGGGAUGACGAACCUUACGGCACGCAGCCUUCGUGUGGGCCGAUCGAGGAUUUAUACGUACCCGGUCGCGAGUGGCGAGAGUUUCGACUGCCGCGCCAGCGGCUACCUCGUUCGGCGUACGAUGUGUGGGUACGACGCACGGGCAAGCUCGUGCCGACCGUAACGAGGUUUCGACGGGGGCAGCCGAUGUGGACACGGCUCACCAAUAUUACGACCACAGCGGCACAGUGCGCCAAGCAUGACUCCGUGGUGCUGUGGGUACCGCAUGGUGAACUACCGCGAGAGACCGGCUACGCGAGGUUGGACUCUAACAUAUACAAGGAGUGGCAGGUGCUGGCAUACUCAACGAGCCGUGACGAGACUCUGUAUGGAAGGGAGCGAUGUCUCUAUGACCAAUGGCUGGCCAAACAGCCACCCGCGGUUGAGCGCAGGACUUACUCGACGCCGCAGAAGAUCUUACGGAGA